UAAAAAAAUGCCGUCGCCAACGUUAGCCAUUUUUCUAGUCAUCGUUGGAACUCUAUGCUCAAUAAUCCUCAUCCGGCGUGCCUCUCAAAGCCACAACAAACAUGUUCAGAAGCUUCCGCCGGGCCCAUGGCCCCUACCAGUCAUCGGAAGCCUUCACAUGCUGACCACCCUGCCUCACCGUGGCCUCCAAAAGCUAGCGAAAAAGUAUGGACCAAUCAUGUCCCUGCGGCUUGGCAACGUCCUAACCGUCGUCGUUUCCUCCCCCGAAGCCGCAGAGCUGUUCCUCAAGACAAACGACUCUGUUUUCGCUAGCCGGCCCAAGCUGCAGGCCACCGAGUACAUGUGGUACGGCACCAAAGGCAUGGCAUUCAAAGCCUAUGGUUCGUACUGGCGGAGCGUGAGGAAGCUGUGCACGCUCCAUCUGCUGAGCUCGUCAAAGAUUGUAUCGUUCGCGGAGCUAAGGAAGGAAGAUAUUAGGUCUAUGAUGGAGGGCCUUAAGAGGGCGGCGGUUGCGCGUGAGGUUGUUGACAUAAGUAAGUUGGUGGGGGAGGUCAUUGCCAAUAUCUCGUGUAGGAUCAUACUGGGGAAAGUAAGGAACGACAUCGAUGGCUUGACGGGACUCGUUGGGGAGGCAUUAGCCUUAGGCGGAGCUGUCAAUAUUGCUGAUUACGUGCCAUAUCUAGCUCAAUUUGAUCUCCAGGGUUAUACACGACGCAUGAAAAGAGUUAGUGUGAACAUGAACAAAAUGUUAGAGAAGAUAAUCAUCGAGCAUGAACAAGAAGCAAUAUUAUUACUAAAUGAGCAAGAAGAAGAACAUGGCAUGCAUAAGGGUUUUGUCGAUGUUUUGCUCUCCUUAAUGAACCAACCCAUGAAUCCUCAAGAUGAGAAGUUCCACAUAAUUGAUCGAACAGAUAUCAAAGCCAUCUUACUAGACAUGAUUUCAGCAUCAUUUGACACAUCGGCCACAGCUAUCGAAUGGACAUUAUCCGAGCUUCUGAGGAAUCCUAGAGUGAUGGAAACUCUUCAAGGCGAGCUAGAAAGUGUGAUUGGGAUGGACCAAAUGGUGGAAGAGAAGGAUAUAGGGAUGUUAGAAUACUUGGAUUUGGUGGUGAAAGAGAGCUUUAGACUACACCCAGUUGGCCCAUUAUUAAUUCCACAUGAAUCCAUGCAGGACAUUACUAUUAAAGGAUAUCAUAUACCGAAGAAAUCGAGAAUUAUUGUGAAUACUUGGGCAAUAGGAAGAGAUCCAAAAGUGUGGUCUGAAGAUGUGGAAGAAUUUUAUCCCGAAAGAUUCGUUGGUAGCAAUAAUAUAGACAUGAAAGGACGUGACUUUAGGUUGCUUCCAUUCGGGUCAGGUCGUAGAGGGUGCCCCGGAAUGCAAUUGGGUCUUGUCAACGUUCAACUUGUUCUUGCUCAGAUGUUGCACUGUUUUAAUUGGGAGCUUCCUUAUGGUACAAAUGCUGAAGACCUUGACAUGCUUGAGAAGUUUGGUCUGUCUAUGGGUAGAGCUAAUCACUUGCUUUCUAAGCCCACAUAUCGUCUCCUUUUCUAAAUUAUGUCUACUA